AUGAGUUCGGUGCUGCAACUUUUGUCAGCCCUGUCAACAUCUUCUGAAUGCGCUGAGAUCUCUUUUGCGCAUCUGGAUCAAUUCAUACACUUUGCUCGCCAUCUCCAACCCGAAAUUUCUCUCGGAACUCUUAAAUCUGAUACUCCGCCAACGUCCUUACCUGAGCAUGUUCAAGUCUUCUUAUCGCGCACGCUUGAAAUGCCAAUAUCUACGAUUGUUAGUCUCUGGUCUAGUCUUCGACAAUAUAUCUGGGGCAUUCCACAGCCUCACAUAACCUUGCUUGAAUGCUCUCUAUUCAAUGAGCAUGGUUCCCAGCUCCCAAAGAAGCACGAAAAAAUAGCGUUCUAUAUGUUCUAUCCUCCACAUACAAGAUGUCCUUGUUGCAACUCAGUUCUGACAAGCAUCUCCCAUAUAGCCGCAACAUACUUUACUAGAGACGGACCAUUUCCUGCUUAUUCUACAUCCCUACGAUGCAAAGCUGGCUCGUGUAACAUUCGAUAUUACCUCAAUUUCAGUGUCGAUCUCAGUCUCAAUCUGCGGCAGUACUAUGACCAGCCUCUUCCGGAAAUCAUCCACCUCAAGGAGCACUCAUUCAUUCAGACAGCUGUCUCAGAGCUGUUCACUGCCUGCACUUUGUUUGCCUGGGUCUCAGCUCAGAACUGUGCACUAAUCUACAACCACGCACUUUCGUCCUAUGGUCAUGAGGAGGUCAGCGAAAGCAAAUUCAUGCUUACAUCUACGCAAGUAUGGCGAGCAUUUGUUCUAGUGUCGCUGCUCAAAAAUUGGAGGGAACGUGGGCGACAAUUAACGAUGCAAAAUCAUGGUCAGCCUGAACGACUGCAUGCUUGCGAUACAUGCAAGAAGUUAAUACCCUCUGACCUUCCUAACUCUUACAAAGAGCUUCGAUCUCUAUGUGCAGUUGUGAUGGAUGGUGUCACCAUUGGGCAUCCAUGCUGCAAGGUCCACAACUGCACUCAACCUCUUCCAAACAACCGUCAUCAGUGGUCUCGUUCUGGUCAUCGGACCUGUAGUGAGCCUGACCAUUCAAAGUACGAAGACUAUAGGAACCUCAAGGGAAAAGGUUUCUUUCUUCUCCGCCAGCGACUACAGCGUGCCGGGAUUCAUCAGCCAUCAACGUCGCUGUCAUCCUUUUCGCCAUUGGAGUCUUUGGAGUUUGAACUCGAUGUUGACUCUGAUGAGCAAGAUCUCAUGCAUAAGUCUGAUAAAGGUAAUUGGCCAUCGAAAGCAUUCUUUGCUCGUCGUCGGACCCACAAUGCGCAGCUGGUGGUCUGUGCAUGUGGGAUUAUCAGUGCUCGAGCUACCAUGUUUGGUGCCGAAGCUAUCUCUGGAGUCAAGGAUUUUCUCAAAUCUGUCUACCCGAAUCGAAAUGAUCUUCCUGAUGUAAUUUUCUAUGAUAAUAAUUGCCAUCUUCAGAGUCACUUGCAGGCUCAGCAGGACCUCUUCUUUCGAGGAACGAUGCUUCCGGUUGAUGUCUUCCAUUUCAAAUCAAAACACAAGGAAAGCGAUGAGUUCUGCCAGAAGCAUUGCAACCCAUUGCAGUGGACGGAACUGGUUGGAGAUAAUGGCGAGUGGGUGUUCAACUCAUCAGCAGCCGAGCAGGGUAAUGUAUGGAUUGGUGGAUAUCAGGCAAUUGUGCACGAGAUGUUACCACACAACUAUAACUUUUUCCUUGAUGAAAUGAUUAAGAGACGGAAUGAGGUGCUAGUGGCAAAGCUUCGCCGAGCUGGCAAUGCUCCUUAUCGUAUUCCUCCUUACCCAGCUGUGUUGUAG